AUGUCGACCUCGAAUCAUCAAGGGGUCCAGAACGCACCACCCGCGCCGUCCGUCGAGCACUCGGACGGCAGAAAUGGCGCGUCUUUCGUUCUCGACGCAGCUUCAGUAGCGAGCUUUGCUGGACUCACAGGCGUAAAGCCCGCGGACAUCGAGACCCCCGACGGCACAAUCUCCGCGGUUGACGGGCAUUCCCAAGAGGUGGAUACCUCGCUCGAGAAUAAAGACUCGACAGACAUGGAGGGCGCGUGGGGUCAAGUCGCCCAAUGGGGCUCUGCACAGUCCAAGAAGGCUCUCCGGCGAGCGCAGAGAAAGGGUAAAAAGUCGCGUCGCAGGGAGCUUAUGAAGUACAACCUCCUCCGCGUCCCAGGUGUCAAGGCUAGCGGCAGUGUGCAGCAUUCACCGGCUACUGCCGGUGAGGCCGGUCAACUGUCGCCUCCUCAAGCGUUUACCUUUGGCACUGAGGCUACCUUUGGUUUCGCACCCUCCUUGGGCUUCAGUGCUUUCGUUGGAUUCGGUCGCCCUCCUGCCGCUCUACCAGAGACCACACUCGGCCAAGCUGGGAGCUUAGAAGGCGGAACAGUUGCCCCGCAAGAUGGUUCAGCUGCACUUGAGGGGUCUGAAGCUCCAGUCCGACGAGAGACUGAGCUCGAGAUGUGGAAGCGGAUCAAGAUUGGCCAGCUUGAGACCCGAGUCAAAGUUCAGCGCACAAUCAACGAGAAGCUUCAGAAGGACGUGAACAAGUUCAAAGCAGUGUGGAGCAAGGCCUCGCCGCGGUACUCCAUCGAAACCGCGCUGGUCGACAUGACCCAGUGCAAGGGCAGGAUGCUGCGGAAGCGGAUGGCGCCUGCCAAGGGCGAGGACCCCGAGCUGACGGACUGCACGGACGGAUCGUGCCGGUGCGUCGCGUCGCGCCGCGACCGCGCCCAGGCCCCCAUCCGUGGCGUCAACAACUGGGCCUCACCUCCCCCCUGCGGGCACUGCGACUGCUGCAACGACGCCAUGGUGCCGCACGUGGCGGCCAACCUCCCGGUGCACCUCGUGCCGCAGCUGCCCGAGUCGAUGGGCGCCCCGGAGAUCCAGCACGAAGUCCAGCUCGCGCGCACGCACCCGACGUUCGUCGCCGACCUGGUCGACUCGUACAAGGACCUCGAGCACGUGGGCGACAGUGUUGUCGAACUGUCGGUGCGCGUCAUGAUGAUCAUGGCUGCGGACUCGUGUCUGCCCCGGGGGUACUAUCGAUCGCGACUCAAGAGGUGGUGCGUCGCUAACAGCACGCUCGCCCUGCUGUCGAAGCACUGGGACCUGAUUGACCGCGUCCGCAUCGACCCCGAGACGAGGAACGAGAUCGACGAGACCAAGCUCAGGGGCGACCUGGCCGAGUCUCACAUUGGCGUCAUGUUCAAGACGCACGGGUGGGACGCGACGAGCGCGUUCCUCCGCGACGUGUACACGCCCAUCAUCGACUUUCUCGUCGAGGAGAUGGACGCGCAGCGCCUGGCGUGA